CCCUCCUCCUCUCUGCCUACUCAUCUUCCUGCACUUCCUGGUGAAGUCACAGCCCAGCCAGCAGCAAGAAAAAAAACUGGCUUGUUUUCAUCCGGAGCGCUAACCAGCAAUGGAGAGCCCACAGGCCUCACCAGGCUGUGCAACAUGGCGCUGCCCAGAUGGAAGCUUCACGAAAACCAUCCUAGAGCCAGGAUCCGGAGUGGACAAGCCCAAGGAGCAUGCCACGUGCGUGACGCUUCUGGAGCACCUUGCUGACCCCCCGCCUGAGUUCUGCUUAUCAUCCGGGCCCGGGUAUUCCGCUGGAAGCUGGAUUGAAGUGGAGCUCGGGGAGGGCGAUACCGCGCAGGACCGCCUGGUUGACCAAUGUCUAGAAACCAUGCUUCAGGGGGAGGUCUGUCAGCUGGACUGCCCAAUAGGAUUCCAACUUGUCUUGCGUUUGAAAAGCUUUGAAGGGGGCACGGAGGCCUGGGAGCUGGAACCCAGUGAGAAGAUCCAAAGAGCCAUAAAAGACCGCGAAAAGGGCGGUGCAGCAUUCCGGAAUGGCAACAUCGAAGGGGCCGAGAGGCGGUAUUCCCGGGGGCUCAGGCUUCUGGUGUGCACCCCCGGCGAGGCCGAAGAGGAGAAAGUGGCCCUCCUGUCCAACCUGGCCGCUUGCGACCUCAAGAAGAGGCGUUUUCGAGAGGCGGAGGUGAGGUGCACCCGAAUUCUGGACAUGGACCCAAACCACUUCAAAGCUCUGUACCGGAGAGGGGUAGCCAGGGCAGGCAUGUCGGACUGGGAGGGGGCGAGGGGUGACUUUGACAAACUGCUGAAACUGGAUCCGGGUAACAAGGAGGCCAAGAGGGAGUUGGCGAGCGUGCGUGAGAAGGAGAAGAUUGCGCAGGCGCAAAUAAGCAAAGCCUUGGGGAAGAUGUUCCUCUGAAGCGGACCUGU